GCGCACAAAGACAACGUCAUCAUUGCGCGUUUUUGUUUUGCGAGGAAAAUGGCGGUCUAGUGAUUUCAUAGUUUGUAAGCAUGGGCAAUGACAGUAGGGUCCUUUGAUUUCUGCAGUACUGAACACGUAGAUAGAGUCAAAAUUUAGGUGGAAAACAGAAACUCGUUGUAGGAUAAUUUCAGCUUAAUAAAAUACACUUGCAAAAAAAAAAAGAUGGCGGUCUACUGUUGGUAGAACAAGUUAGUUUUGGUCGGUUGCUACUCGGUGUUUCAAUUGAGCUCGACAGCUAGCCGAGCUUGCCGGUUCAAUCACAAUGAAGUCGGACGUGGAGGAGUUGAUGCCGCGGCUGCUCCCCGUGGAGUGCGGGUCCGGUACCGGGGAGGACCUGGACCUGAGCGGACCACCGAGAAACCCCCAGGAGUACCUCCGACAGGUUCAGUUGGAGGCGGCAUUGUGCCCAGAGGUGGUGGUCGCUCAGAUUGACCCCAAAAAACUGAAGAAAAAGCAAACAGUGAAUGUGUCUGUGGCAGGGUGUCAUGCUGCUCCAGUGGGUUUCUCUCCAAGUCUCAGAUGGCAGCAGCAGCAAGUCAGUAAUUUCUCUGAAGUCAGACAGAGUAUCACAAGGCACAGGAAACACUGGAGCAGCCAAACUCUAGAUGACAACGUGUUGAUGCCGCGGCUAACAGAUGAGGAGGGUUGGAAGAGGUUUUGUUUGGGAGAGAAGGUCUAUCUGGGCACUUCAUCCCCCCACACCGAUGCACAACCAGAGCCAGCAUUGGACUAUAGCAAGAUGGGGUUCCCUCCUUUCUUAAGCAUCGUCAGCAGACUAAACCAGUCCACAGUGCUGAUGGUGUUGGAAAUCCUCAUCAGCUGGUUUGAGGAACAAGAAUUUGUUCCACAGUUGGGUCGCUGGUUGUACGCUUUAUUGGCCUGUUUGGAGAAGCCUCUGUUGCCUGAAGCCCACUCGUCCAUCAGACAGCUCGCCCGGAGAUGCGCCCAGCUCCGCAGCACGCUGGAUAGCCAGGAGGAUGAGAAACUGCCCGCCCUCAACCUGCUCAUCUGUCUUGUUGCCAGGUACUUUGAGCAGAAUGAUCUGGCAGAUCAGCAAGAGUGAAAAUAAAGCCGAUCUGUUUGACAGCACCGACAUAUGGAGGAACGUGCUGUUCGCAGACUGCUGAUGCCAGCCGUAACAGCACAGUGAAAGUUGAGGCUGAAGCCAAAGCGACUGGAUUACAGACAUCUGGUUACUUUUACACAGAGCAGCACCGGCACAAGGGGACUGCAAGCAAAUGCAGCAGGACCCGUGUUUUUUUUCUUUUCAAAGGACAAGUCGAAGCUUUGAGUUUACAUGUGUAAUUUUGCAUUAAAAUAAGAUUUGUCUAUUAAACUAUCAUUUGUAAGAAAA